AUGUCCGGUGCGGGCGCGGGGCCGCGGCGCGGGCGUGGCUGCGGUGCGGCGCGGGCGCGGGCGCGGCGCGGCUCGCCGACUGGCGGCUCUAGCGCCGCGCGCCGCGGUGCUUGCGGUGCGCUCGCGGCGCGCGGCCCCACCACAGCGCCGCCAGCGCCAGCGCCGCUGCCACGUCUCGCCGCGCUCUGCCACACCAACACGCCGCGCGCGUCACUCACCACUCACCCAUUCACCCACACGCCCGACACUCCGCUCUUCGCCAAGGUCGGUCUG